AUGCAUCUCUCUAUUGCUCUCCCCUUUAUUGCCCUUGGUGCAUCUGUGUUCGCUCAUGAUGGCGAACAUCACAUCAGCCGUAGUGAGCUUAAUCGUCGUUCUACCAAAUUGGUCUCACCGAUCUACACACCGACGAGACCACCUUUUUACGUGACUAUCUUCCCUGGUUUCUACAUUCAGCGCUCCAUUCACAUCCAUGUUCAGGUUCACACUGAUUGGAUUCUGCGCGAGAAUGGCACGAUUACUACUGGCAACACUGUUAGCACUGGUCAAUUGUACUUUGAUGAGGCACUUGAGGAGAAUAUCAUGGCACUAGAGCCAUAUGCCUCUCACACUCAAAUCAACCGUACCACCAACGCCGAGGACAGUAUCUUCCCUUACAACACUGCUGGCGGUUUCAGUCCCAUCAUCAAUGUUGUCCCCGUUGAUGGCCAUGAUUUCACUAAGGGUAUGAUUGGCUACAUCACCCUUGGCGUUGACACCACUGCUAUCGAGCACGGUGACAACUAUGUCGGUGACUCCUAA